AUGGCAAACCAAAUCCACGUCCCCGAGAACUACAGGUUCGAGACGUUUGAGUUUAAACAGGGUGGCAAGGGCGGUAUCAGUCUGGACGUCUGGUACCCCACUAGAAUCACUCACGGCCCUCUGAGGACUAUCGUUUACUAUCAUGGCGGCUUCUUGGUCUUUGGGGACCGUCAGCGCUAUCCUCUUUGGCUCUUGAACAGCUGGGCGACCCGUGGUGGUGUCUUUGUGUCAGUAGACUACCGCCUGCUGCCCGAGUCAACCGGUGUCGACGCCGUGGCCGACAGCGUGGACGCGUACAACUGGGUGGCGACGACGCUGGGCGUCAGGAUCGGGGCCCAGAUUGGGCCCAUCGCCGUCGCGGGUUCCAGUGCGGGUGGCUACCUGGCCUUGACCACGGCAGGUCUCGUAACCGGCAAGAAGCCUUCUGCUGUCGCGCUCAUCUACGGCGUACUAGACCUGUCGGCCGCCCGCUACCACACCAAGGGCUCCAACAUCUUCUUCCAGCCCUGCGUGGAUGCCGGUCCCGUGCUCGAGUACAUCAAGUCGCUGCAGGCAAAGGGCACUGAGGGCCAGAUCAGCGGCCACCCGUUCCCAACCAACCCGGCGGCCGAUCCGCGGUCGGCCAUCGUGGCCGUGUUCCACGGCGAAGCGCUGUUCCCGGACUACCUGACGGGCGUCACGGGCCUUGGCGAGCGCAUCCACGAACAGGGCAUCGAGGCCAUCCCGAAAGAGCACCGCAAGUUGUUCCCCGUGGCCUUUGGCCAAGCUGCCACCCUGCCCCCAAUCUUCAUCUUGCACGGAAAGAACGACGCGGCCGUCCCUGUCGAUCAAGGCGUUGACACUGCUAACAAGCUCCGCGGCCUCGGCGUCGCUGUCACCGCCGACUUCCCCGACGACGCCCAGCACGGAUUCGACAGCGCCCUCGGCAACAUUGACAUCGAGACCUCGGAGCUACAGACCCCGGCCGCUCAGUCACUGCGGUCCAUUAUUAACUUUCUUGACCAGCAUACCUCUUGA